GGCGGAGGGGGGCCGCGUGCCCAACGGUCCGCGCGUGCCCCGCUCACUGCCGCGCCAUGGAGGGAGGCCUGCAGUCGCUGGAGUCCUGCUUGGAGCGGCACAUCCCGCCCGAGGACCUCGCCGAGGUGAAGCGGAUCCUCUAUGGCGGCGAGGCAAGAAAACUUUAUUUGCCAGCUGCUGCUGUAUCAGCAGCUCAAGAAAGAGAUUUUGAACUACAGGGCUAUGGCUUUGAAGCUGCUCCAGAGCAAUUGAGAAGGCCACGCAUUGUUCGAGUAGGACUGAUACAGAAUAAAAUUCCCCUUCCCACAGACACAGCAGUGGCAGUCCAGGUGGCUGCACUGCACAGGCGAAUUGCGGAGAUUGUGGAGGUGGCAGCAGUGUGUGGGGUCAACAUAGUUUGUUUCCAGGAGGCUUGGACCAUGCCCUUUGCAUUUUGUACAAGAGAGAAGCUUCCUUGGACUGAAUUUGCUGAGUCAGCAGAGGAUGGGCCAACAACAAAAUUCUGCCAAGAGCUGGCAAAGAAAUACAAUAUGGUUGUGGUGUCUCCAAUCCUGGAGCGAGAUGAAAUACAUGGAGGAACUCUUUGGAAUACUGCAGUUGUCAUUUCUAAUUCUGGAGCUAUCCUUGGCAAAAGUAGGAAAAAUCACAUUCCAAGGAUUGGAGAUUUCAAUGAGUCUACCUACUAUAUGGAAGGAAAUACAGGACACGCAGUGUUUCAGACACAAUUUGGAACAAUUGCUGUGAAUAUCUGCUACGGGCGCCAUCACCCUCUGAAUUGGCUCAUGUAUAGUAUCAAUGGAGCAGAGAUCAUCUUUAACCCUUCAGCCACUAUCGGAACACUCAGUGAGUCAAUGUGGCCAAUUGAAGCAAGAAAUGCUGCCAUAGCUAAUCAUUGCUUUACAUGUCCCAUCAACAGAGUAGGAGUGGAAUACUACAAAAAUGCGUUUACCUCUGGAGAUGGUGGAAAAGCGCACCAUGACUUGGGCCAUUUUUAUGGCUCAAGUUACGUGGCUGCACCAGAUGGCAGUAGAACCCCAGGACUGUCUCGCACUCAGGAUGGACUUCUGGUGGUAGAGAUGGAUCUAAAUCUUUGCAGACAAGUCAGUGACAAAUGGAAUUUUAAGAUGACUGGUAGAUAUGAAAUGUAUGCAGAAGAGCUCAGUGAUGCAGUCCAGCCUGAUUUUACACCCAAUGUAAUCAAAGAGUAAGUCCUAGAAGGGAUCGUUUCAACACAAUCAAAUUAAAACGUACUAUUGGAUGAAAGAUUUAUUGUGGAUUAUAAAUUGCUAUUUUAGUGUUGUCAUUUUAAUUUCUUGUAACCAGCUUUUAAAUAAUAGCAUUCAAAACUGUGUUAAGUAAAAUAAUUUAAAAUGG